UAAUCGGCGGUAGUACUAACAUGCAGCGGAAAACAUAAUGGCGGCGACAACAUAUAUGUAUUUACCUGAUGAAUGUUGGGAAUGUGUCUUCAAAUUUCUCAACGACGAUGAUGAAGACGACAAAGACAAUAGCUAUUUCAAGUCUCUCUCCCUUGUUUCCAAACAGUUCCUCUCCAUCACCAACCGUCUCCGAUUCUCCGUCUCUAUCGGCUCAAAAAAACACCCUUUCAUCCAUCUUCUAUUUCAAAGAUUUCCAGAUAUCACAUCCCUCACCCUCAAGCGUGGCUUCUGCCAUGAUCCUAAUGCCUUCCGCGGUGAUCACAACACAUUUCUUCAUCAAAUCUCUCGUUACUCUUUGAAACUCUCAUACCUUAAUCUCUCCAGCCAAGUCUUCAUUCCCGCAGAUGGGCUGCGAGUUUUCUCCCAAAAUAUUACAACUUUGACAUCUCUUAAUUGUUCCCACAUGAAUUCUAUCAGGAGCUCUGACAUGUUAUUAAUUGCCGAUUGUUUUCCUUUGCUCCAAGAACUCGAUCUCGGUACAAUUACAAUAUUUCCCUCUCAAGAUAACUUCAUUGAUGGGAUAAAGACUCUUUCGUUGGCACUUUCCAAACUUCGCAAGAUUAAUCUCUCUACUCAUAGAUACAUGACCGACGAAUGUCUUUUUCACUUGUUCAACAACUGUAAGUUUCUCGAAGAGGUGAUCAUAUUUGAUUGUUUUAAUAUUACCAAUGCCGGUAUUGUUUAUGCUCUCUGUGAGAGACCAAAAUUCAAAUCUUUACACUUUACCAAUAGAACAGACAAUUGUUCAAAUUUGUUAGACAUCCUUAGAAACUGUCCUUCACUUAGCAAUAUCAAAAUGAAAUAUCCAUAUCAAUAUAUGUGGGAAGAGAGCGUGGAUAAUUCUAAUUCUUUAAUGGUUGUAAGCCCUCAAUUAGAGACUCUAUGUUUGGCUGGCAAUACAUGGUUAAGUGAUGAAAGCAUCAUAGUAUUUGCUUCCAUUUUCCCCAAUUUACAACUACUUGAUUUAAGUUAUUGCAAAAAGAUAUCUGAAGGUAUUUGUGAAGUUUUAAAGAGAUGUGGUAAAAUUAGGCAUUUGAACUUAUCAUACUGUUCAAAAGUGAAGCUAUUUGGAAUGAACUUUGAAGCUCCUAAAUUGGAGGUGUUAAACUUGUCGCAUACAGGAGUUAAUAAUGCACAACUCCAUAUGAUCUCAAAGAGUUGUCGUGGGCUUUUGCAACUGUCACUUGAACAUUGUUAUUAUGUCUCAAAUACGGGACCGAAACAUGUGGUAGAAAACUGCGUCAAACUAAGAGAGAUUAAUUUGAAAGACUGCCAUAAAGUGCAACCUAAGGUCAUUGCUUCAAUGAUAUUAUCAAGGCCAACAUUGAAAAAGAUAAUUGUUCCACCUCGUUACCGUUUCAAUGAUGGAGAGAGGGAACUCUUGAGGCAUGGAUGUCUUCUUUCUAGCUAA